CGGCGCGCGGGCGUGACGUCAGGCAGCCGCCCGAGCGCCCGCCGCCGCCAUGGGGAAGAGCCGGUCGCGCGCGGCGAAGGCGGCCAGCGUCUUCCGCAUCGCCCGCAGCGGCGCCGUCAAGGCCAAGGGCAAGGCGCGGCCCGUCACCUCCGCGCUGAAGCAGAUAAACAUUAGAAAUGCUGAGAAAGUUAGAACAAUAAAUAAAGCAUUUGCUGAAGUUCAGAAAGAAGUACAGCAGCUAUCAAAAGGCACUGCAGCAGAACCUCAGGAGAGUCAUCAGGUGUCCACAAAUCUGGAAGAGGAACCAGCAAAUGUGGAUGAUGCCACAAGCCUAUUGUCUCAGUUGUAAUGCAUAAUGGACAAUGAAGGGAUUGCAAGGAAUGAAGAUCACAAAUACUGAUGGCUUUGUUUGUACAAUUUUAUUAAAAAAAUCUUGUUAAUAUA